AUGUUCAAUCCACUAUCCGAACCCAAGAUGAUGCGAGACAUUCACGACGAUGCUGGGACAGGAGCAAGCGGCGCGAUGGAGGAAAACGAGGGCGGAGGGAGUGGGGGUGCCGAGGCCGAUAUGGACGAUUGCGGCUCACUUGCACUUCCUCCAGAUUUACCACCAUAUUCAGGCGAUUACAUCAUCAGUGAUUACAUGGAACGCCUCGGUACUCGCCUUAACAUACUCGAAACGGAACUUAAAUACGCUUGGCGCGCAUUGGAUUUACUCAGUCAAGAGUAUGUUAGGAUGUGGGAAAGAUUGGAAAGAUUGGAAGCACUACUUGCCGACCAACAGGGUGUUAUAUCGACUUUACUUGAUUUUUAUACGUGUCGUUCUGUCACGUCGAGAGACUCCAUGACAAGACUAGAAGUUAUCAGGGAAAUUCUAGGUAACGGCACUGUUGAAGAUGGUAUUGAAGAAGGAUUAGACAUAGGGCGAUCUGUGUUAAUCAAUCCACAAGAUGAAGUCAUGGAAUCUGAUGAAGCAUUUUAUAAGAGUUUAAAUCAAGCUUACCGCGAUGACCUAGUUUGUGAAGAAUCAUCCAUUCCUAAUUCUCAACUUGAUAUGAUUUGGGAAGCACCAGAGGAACCCGACAUAGAAUUGAUGCCUACUACAUCGCGGCAAUUAUAUAGUGCAAACGAUUAUAAAGAUUACUGUGGCCUACAAGGUGGACCUGGUAUUAGUGAAAGGGAUUUGGUUCAUUUAUCUACUUUAAGUACAUUAGAUCAAAUCACUGUAGACAAAUUACAUGAAUUAGAUAGGUUGACAACCCAAUUACACAAAGGUUCGAGAGAGUUAAAAGACUUGAAAAGUAGACUUCUUAGCCCUGAAACCAAAAUGAAAUCAAAACAUGAUCCAGAUAUUGAAGCAAAAACCUUAGUUGAAGACGGAAACAUCAUUAAUGAACAAUUGAAAAAUAUAUAUUCGGGUGGAGAGAACUGGGGUAUUAGCGAUAUGAUGAAAAGUUUCGAUGAUUUCGUUUUAACCGUACCUAAAGAUUCAAUUUCAAGGGACAAAUCACCAUCUAGGUUGUCACUUAGCGAUAGCACAUCAGAAAGGCAGCUAGAAUACUUGCCAACAAAUCUUUCGCCUCGGCGCAAAUUUGUACCGGAAAGAACAACAACAGAACCGUACACUACUGUAACAGGUCGAUUAGCUUACAGUUCUGCGGUAGCUAAUGCUGAAAUAAAUGCUGCAAAGUCAUCUAAGUCUCCUAGUGCUAUAUCAAGGGAACGAUUUGAUUAUAGUUCUAACUACCCUCUGACAGAUGCAUCUAGACAAAGUUACUAUUCUUCGAAAUCGACUCCACAAGGCUUUGAAGAAGUAUACAAAACUGUUUCCGAGCAGCCCUCACCAAUAUCUGUUCAUAAUGUAUACGAAGAUCCUAUUGACAACAGGUUGGAUUUGAGUUUUGAAGACGCCAGAUUACAAAAAUCUCCAAGCCCUCCACCACCAGCUCCACCGAAUGGAGUUGAAAUAUUUCCCUCAAUUGAUAAUAAUAAUGAUUUACUUUCACGUCAAACAAUGUUAUCAACUGGAUCAGUUGCAAUAGAUAGUAUGCGCUUAAGUCCUCGUUCACCAAAAUCUCCAAAAACUUCACCUAAAUUCCUAAAAAGAGAUACCACAAACAUAGUUGCAGCAAAGUCUGAUUCUGGAUUAUCGUCCAUGAGUGGUUGGUCAAGCCUUGAAAAAAGUCCAGGUUCUCCUAAAACAUCUAGGUUAUCUCAUGCAAAUUACGAAGGUCAUAAGCUACGAAUGUCUUCUCCACAAGCUAUUCAAAAAGUAGCAUACGAAAUAGAUUCAAAACCU